AUGAGCUCGAUGUGUUUAAUUGGUUUUAAAAUGAGAGGAAUGAUCAAUUGGGUACAAAAACUUGAUCGAACAAAAGUGUUACAUUUAAAUGCCGCUAGUUAUAUUGUACCUUCUUCUAAACCAAAAAAUACAACAUUACGGAUACAACAUUAUUAUAUUAAUUUUUCUCGUUUAACACCACCAUUAUUUUGUUCAUGUAAAUAUGGCCUUAAAGAAUAUUCUUGCAUUCAUUCAUUGGAUGUAAUAAUGAUGUGGGAUCAUCACGUUUCUAAAACGGAAAAUAAAUUUUUAUUAUUAAACGAUGAAAUAAAAAGUAUAUUAUCAUCCGACGAAUAUGAACAAUGUUUAGAAGAAGCAAAAAUAACAAAUUUAAAAAGUUUAACAUCAAAACAUGAAUUUUAUAUUGGAACAUGUACAUUUUCAAUGGGUAUUCAUUUAUCAUCUGAAAUAAAUAAUGGAAAAUUAAUACUUGAUCGUUAUUUACAAAUUUAUUAUGAUAUUAUAAUUAAUUAUUCAAAAAAUCAAAAUAAUCAUGGUUUCUAUUGUAUAAAAGGUAUUAUUAGUUAUUUAAUUAAUUAUCAAUUAAUUAAUCUAGAUGAAAAUAAAAGAGAAGAACAAUUAUUUUUAGCAUUAUUAACAAUAGUAACAAAUGAUAAAAAUUAUUCAUUUAUAAAUGCAAAAUGGAUAAAUGAUCAAACAAUAAUAAUUGAUCAAAUUCUCUCUUAUAUAUUAUUACAUUGUGUUGAACAUAAUGAUCAUGCCAUUUUACUUGUUCAUCAAAAAACAAAAGAUACAAAUACUUUAUCAAAAUUAACAUCAACAUCAAAUGGUAAAAUUAAUACAAUGGUAAACGUAUUAUUAGCAAUUAUUUCAAAAAAUCCUACUACAGAUAUGAUAGAAAAAAUGAUUAACUAUAUUGAAUUAGCUUCAACAGAUUAUCAUGGUAUACCAAUGAUUGUAUUAUUAAAUGGUUUUUUAAAAUUAGUUAAAUAUGAAUCUGUUCGUAAAUUUAUUGCCAAUGCUAGAGAUAAACUUGAAUUAUUUAUUCAAAUAGCAAAAAAUUAUGGAGAAUUAGAUGAAGAUAAUGCAUUAUAUCGUGAAACGGCAAUUGUUGCUUAUAAUAUUAUUUGGUUAUUAUCGACUCAUGAUCAAAUUAGAAAACAAUUGAAUGAAAAUGAAGAAUUUAUGUUAACAAUUCAACAAUUAAAUGAGACGACUUACAAUGAUGAACAUUUGAAAGAUAUUAUAACGGGUUUAUUAGAGAGUUUAGAUGGAAUAAUAUCAGUAAAUGAUAAACAAAACAAAAUAAUUCUAGAUAACGUUGAAAUAAAUUCAAGAAAUGAUAUGUGGAAUUCGGAUGAUGAAGAUAAUGUUGAAAUUCAUAACACAACACAUAGUAGUAAAGUUGAGCAUGAAACAAGAACAUUUCAACAUAGUACAGCUUUCUACAGAAACACCAUUGAUGAUGACUCAAUGUCUAACGUGUCCGGCUACAAUACAUAUCAAAAUAUUAGACCAAAAAGUCGUUUAGAAAGAGAUCAAGAUGAAAACAAAAUGAUAAAUGAAUUACAUCGAAAUUCAAUAAUUAAACCAGAAAAUCAACUAGAAAGAGAUCAAGUUGAGGAGAAAACGAUAGAUGAACUACAUCGAAAUUCAAUAAUUAAACCAAAAAAUCGAUUAGAAAGAGAUCAAGAUGAAGAUAAAAUGAUAAAUGAAUUACAUCGAAAUUCAAUAAUUAAACCAGAAAAUCGAUUAGAAAGAGAUCAAGUUGAGGAGAAAACGAUAGAUGAACUACAUCGAAAUGCAUUAAUUAAACCAAAAAAUCGAUUNCGAAAUGCAUUAAUUAAACCAAAAAAUCGAUUAGAAAGAGAUCAAGAUGAAGAUAAAAUGAUAAAUGAAUUACAUCGAAAUUCAAUAAUUAAACCAGAAAAUCGAUUAGAAAGAGAUCAAGUUGAGGAGAAAACGAUAGAUGAACUACAUCGAAAUGCAUUAAUUAAACCAAAAAAUCGAUUUGAAAGAGAUCAAAGUGAGGAGAAAACGAUAGAUGAACUACAUCGAAAUGCAUUAAUUAAACCAAAAAAUCGAUUAGAAAGAGAUCAAGAUGAAGAUAAAAUACAUGAAUUAGAUCGAAAUCCAAUAAUUAAACCAAAAAUUUUAAUUCAUACUGAUGAUGAAAUAAGUGAAUCAAAUAUUAAUGCAGAAAUUAGUGAAUCAAUAAAUUAUGAGGAUCAAACAUAUCAAACGAUUCCAAUAAUAUUAUGGACAAAUAAACAUGUUCUCGAGUGGUGUAGAAAUAAUGAUUUAACGAUAUUUGAAAAAUUAUUAGCCGAUUAUGAUGGAAAAAGUGUCAUGAAAUUGUAUGAUUUUAGUAAACAAAAUUCACCAGAAACACUCAGUUUAUUAAGAAAUGAUUAUAAAAAAUUAAUUAACAAUGAUGAUGAUAAUGAAGAUAAUCAAUUAUCAUUUCUUGAAUUUUUCCGUUUUCAGUUACAAGUAGAAAAUUAUUAUUCCAAACAAUCGUAUAAAACGACUACCACCAAUAAUAAUUUUGAUAAUGAUAAUAUCAAUAUAACAGAAAAACCUAAAAAACGCUCAAAAAUGAAACUUUGUACAAUUCUCUAA